AUGGAGAUGUUUGCGGAUAGCAGUGCAAAUAGAUACGCUGCUUUUGGGAACAAAGAAAAUACAUCAGACCACGGAGGAGGGACAUGUGAAGACAUUUAUGCCAAUCAGGAUAUCGUUAUGGCUCAGAAUCAGAGAGAUUCCAGCAACAGCUGCAGUAAAAUCAACGACAGAAUCCAAUGGUCUCAAAUCAAAGGAAAUAAGAUCUACAGAGUGGCUGUAUUAUGUCUGGGGCUGCUGUGUGUUCUCUUACUGACAGUCACUGUAACACUGAGUGUGAAGAAUGCAGUUGAGAGAGAUCAGUUAGAGACCAGAAAUCAACAUCUAAUUACAGAGCAAGACAGUUUAAAUAUCAGUUACAACAAUCUCACUUGUGUGAACAGUCAGUUACUAUUUCUCUACAACGAUCUGAUUAAAGAAAGAGACCAGCUGAAGACCAGUAAUAGCAACCUAAAAAAUGAGAGAGACCAGUUACAGACCAGUAACAACAACUUAAUCAAAGAGAGAGACCAGCUGAAGACCAGUAAUAGCAAUCUAAGAAAUGAGAAAGACCAGUUACAGACCAGUAAGAACAACUUAAUCAAAGAGAGAGACCAGCUGAAGACCAGUAAUAGCAACCUAAGAAAUGAGAGAGACCAGUUACAGACCAGUAACAACAAGUUAGUCGAAGAGAGAGACCAGCUGAAGCGGCAGCUUUCUGAUUGCGAAAAACAGUGUAUUGAACCGUUGAAGAGUUUUAGGAGCCACUGUUACUUCAUCUCUACUGAAGAGAAGAGCUGGAGUGAGAGCAGACAGGACUGUAGAGACAGAGGAGCAGACCUGGUCAUCAUAAACAGCAGUGAGCAAUUUGUUACGAGUCUGAAAACCCGUGCCUGGAUUGGUCUGACUGACAGAGACACAGAGGGGAGGUGGCAAUGGAUGGACGGUACAGCACUGAGCACUGGAUACUGGGCACCUGGAGAACCAAACGAUGACUCUGGAGGAGAAGACUGUGCGGAGAUUCGACCAUCAUUAUCAGAUCCUUUGAAAAACUGGAAUGAUUUGCCAUUUCUCAACACACAGAUGAUCAAACGUGUGGUGAACGGAGCAAGAGGCCUACAGGGUCAGGCCCUUGUUCCCACGGUGAUGGGUGCUAUUCUAUGGUGUGACGUACCAUUUCCUGUCAUGGUUUAG